AUGGCGGCUAGUCCCAGCAAGCCUCUACAUUUCCUCAUCACAGGCGCGGGCCGCGGCAUUGGUCGAGGCCUAUCCCGCCAGCUCAUCCAAAGGGGCCACCGCGUCUUUCUAGUAGACAAUAAUCAAGAGGAGCUUCGCCACACGUGCGACACGCUCACAAGUUCAGUGUCAGCAUCAUCUCAUACCCCAAAAGCGCCCAAAGUCUUCGACGCCCUGCAUUGCAACCUACGCCAACCGAGCGACAUCGAGAGGGUCGCAAAGGCAGCCUCAGACUUCUUCGCAGAUCACCUCGAUGUUCUCGUGAACAAUGCUGCAUUUACAGCUGGCGUUGGCGGUCCGAGUAUCCUCGACUCUGAGGACGGCCAGUUCAUGGCUUCAUGGACCGCCAGCUUGGAGACGAACCUGACAGCCCCGGUUCUUCUGAGCAAGGCAUGUCUGCCUAUGCUGAAGAAACAGCCAGAUAGUGGACGCGAGAACGGCGGCAGUAUUAUUCACAUGUCCUCUACGCGUGCCUACCAGAGCGAGCCAGAUUCGGAAGGCUAUGCCGCCACUAAGGCCGGCCUCAUCGGCUUGACGCACAGUAUGGCCGUCAGCCUUGCACCCGCGGGCGUCCGAGUGAAUGCCAUCCUCCCUGGUUGGAUCCACGUGGGCAACGAGUGCAAGGAAGCCGAUGAGAAAGGCACGAAGUGGGAAGAGGGGCUGUCGAAGGACGAUCAGAAGUGGCACUUGAAUGGGAGGGUUGGCAAGGUCGACGACAUCCUCGUGGCCGUCGAAUAUCUCACCAACGCAGAGUUUGUCACAGGCACGGAGAUGGUUGUUGACGGUGGUGUGACAAGAAAGAUGGUCUAUCCCGAAUAA